AUGAAGACUUUAUUUAUCAACUGUUCCUCAUUUUUCUUUGUAACUCUUCUCAUCCUCCUUGGAGUUGAUAAGGGAUUUGUUCAUGGCGACGAAUCAUCGAGCAGUGGCUUUGUCCAAACCAAGGGAACCCGAUUCAUGUUGAACGGGCGACCCUUAUACCUAAACGGUUUUAACGCUUAUUGGAUGAUGUACCAAGCAUCAGAUCCUUCAACCAGAGACAUGGUAUCAACCACAUUACAACAAGCCAAAUCAAAGUACGGUAUGAAUGUGGUCAGAACCUGGGCCUUCAGUGAUGGAGGUUAUAGAGCCUUGCAGAAAUCUCCUGGCUCCUAUGAUGAAGAAGUUUUCCGGGGGUUGGAUUUUGUGAUCUCGGAAGCCAAGAAGAAUGGGAUUUAUUUGAUACUCAGUUUGUGGGCUAGGGAUAAUGGCCAUUACUUGAACAAUGAAGAUGACUUCUUUACCGAUUCCGUGGUCAAAGGUUACUACAAAAACCAUAUCAAGACUGUUCUCAAUAGGGUCAACUCCUUUACGGGAAUUGCCUAUAAGGAUGAACCCACAAUUUUUGCAUGGGAGCUCAUGAAUGAACCUCGUUGCCAAUCCGACCUUUCUGGAAAAUCCCUUCAGGGUUGGGUAUCUGAAAUGGGAGCUUACAUUAAGUCCAUUGAUAGCAAUCAUCUCUUGGAAGUUGGUCUAGAAGGAUUUUAUGGCGAAUCGAUGCCCGAAAAACGAGUUUCCAAUCCUGGUUAUGAAGUUGGAACUGAUUUCAUAGCCAAUAACAAUAUUCCACAAGUUGAUUUUACCACCAUUCACCUCUAUCCCGAUCAAUGGACUAACUCAGAUGAGGCAACUCAAGCUCAAUUUGUGGAAAGAUGGAUCAAAGCUCAUAUAGAAGAUUCUGCAUCUGUGUUAGGAAAACCUCUUAUGCUGACUGAAUUCGGAAAAUCUUCAAGGUCAUCAGGAUAUCAAGUUUCAGUGAGAGAUGCCUAUUUCUCGAAUAUCUAUGACACUCUUUAUUCUUGCGCGAAAUCACCAUCAGGCGUAUGCGGAGGAUCUUCCUUCUGGCAGGUGAUGGCUCCAGGAAUGGAAAAUUGGGGCGAUGGUUAUGAAGUUUUCAUGGAUCAAAGCCCUUCCACUAUGGCAGUUGUCGCUAAGCAAUCCAGCAGACUCGCAUCCCUUAGUUAA